UUAGUUAGACAGAUUCGGGUUAGCCGCGAGGGGAGCCCGUCUCUUCUCUCCAUGAUGCUCACAAUGCGCAGCUCUAGAUGGAGCUUGGCACAUCCCCGACAAUACGCACUCCAUCACGGACUCUGGGCGCCCGGGUCGUGGGUAACAGUAACCGUCCAGGGCGCUUUUCGGACCUAGACGCGCAUGAUUUUGAAAUACGAUCUUUUGACCACUUAGUCCUUUUACAAUCUGUUAUAUCUUCAGAGGCACAGACGAAAUUCAAACAAAGCCUACUUCACAUGGUGAGGAAACAACCGUUGUUGAACUUUCCUUUGUCGCAUUUCUGAGACUCACCUGUCCAUUGCCAAGUGCACUUUAUUUAGUUCGAAGUGGUGUUGACAACUAUGGAAUGAAGCUGUCAACAACAACAACAAAAAAUCUAACUUGUGAGUUUUGGUUUGGCUUUGUUUCCGUCGUCUCUCCGAUGUGGUAAUCAUCCAUGGAUAAAUCUAUUUCGAAUACGAUAUACUAUUGUUGCGUGUUUUAGAAUAAACAAUGCUGGUACUACUCUUAAGAUUACUGUGUUUCUCGCUUUGGAGCGAGAAUGUGUUCACUCACAUACACGGAGAGAAGACAAAGACGCAUUUUACUCCUAGACAUUAUGAAUCCGCCGUCACUAUCGGGAAUCUACACAAAACCGAUAGUGAUAGUCAGAGAUGGCACUCGGCGUAUGGCAGAGUUAUCAACGAAAUGGACAAUAAAAGGGUGCAUACUCCAAGUUCAUCUUCUUGGGAUGUGGUUAGGACAUGGAUGGAUAACAUAAAUGGGACUAUAUUCAAUACGAAAAGGGUUAUGAAUGAAAGAACAAUGGUGCGCAAAAGCAAUUCGUCAAAUGGAACAGAACCCGUUAGGUUACCCGAGGAAGGCGAGUCAAAAAUGCUCAUGGAGGAAAAGUUGGACACCGAGAAGCAUGCAGCCAUGGAAACGCAAGAUGGUGUAUACAUUAAUUUAAAGCCCUCCACGAGACAUAAGCGAGGAGGACACCACUGUAACGAGGACAAACGGAUCUGCAGACACAAAAGAGCAACUGUAGACCGUCAGAAAAGAAACGCGAAGGAUGGCAGUAAAAAAGAUAACAAAAUAAGCGAGCCAACCAUGCUGUCAGAUGCGUCUUUGGACGCACCGCUGGCCACAUGGGAACCCCUGCCUAACCCAAUGGCCCAGAACCAGUCAACAGACAUGCCAUUUGAUGCCACUGAUUAUGAACAGUUCACUUUGCCAGACCUCCAGGACUAUACCCCACUGAUUCCUCUCAAUCCUCAAACUAGGAGAAAAGAUGUCAAAAACCCAUUUUACCCUGUAACAGCAGAAUCAUAUGGGGCAUAUGCCAUCAUGAUAAUUUCGGUCAUCAUUUUCACUGUUGGAAUAAUUGGGAAUAUAGCAAUCAUGUGCAUUGUGUGCCACAACUACUACAUGAGAAGUAUUUCAAAUUCUCUUCUGGCCAAUCUCGCCCUAUGGGAUUUUGUUAUCAUCUUUUUUUGCCUGCCCCUGGUGAUCUUCCAUGAACUGACCAAGAAUUGGCUGUUGGGGGAGUUCUCCUGUAAAAUCAUCCCCUACAUUGAGGUCGCUUCCCUUGGGGUCACCACCUUCACCCUGUGUGCUUUGUGCAUCGACCGCCUCCGUGCCGCCACCAACGCACAGAUGUAUUACGAGAUGAUUGAAAACUGCGCCUCCACGGCCGCCAAGCUGGCCGUUAUCUGGAUUGGGGCUCUCCUAUUGGCCCUGCCAGAGCUCCUGAUCCACCAGCUGGUCACUGAAGAUGGCGAGCCUCCAGAUGUGACGCCCUGCCAGCGCUGCGUGGUUCGUAUCUCCACCGACCUCCCGGACACGCUCUACGUGCUGGGCCUGACCUACGAUGGAGCCCGCCUCUGGUGGUACUUUGGCUGCUACUUCUGCCUGCCAACGCUGUUCACCAUCGGCAGCUCCCUGGUGACCGCACGUAAAAUCCAGCAGGCCGAGCGGGCCUUUGUGCGUGGCAACAAGAAACAGCUCCAGCUGGAGAACCAGAUGAACUGCACGGUUGUGGCGUUGGCCAUCCUUUACGGUUUCUGCAUCAUCCCUGAGAACAUCUGCAACAUCGUUACAGUCUACAUGGCAGCGGGUGUGCCCAGACGGACCCUGGAUAUUCUCCACCUGGUCAGCCAGCUGCUGUUGUUCUGUAAGUCGGCGGUGACACCUGUCCUGCUGUUCUGCCUGUACCAGCCCUUCAGCCGGGCCUUCCUGGACUGCUGCUGCUGCUGCUGUGGCGAGUGCGGCCCGCCAAGGUCUUCCACCACCGCCACCACCAGCGAGGAGAAUGAGCACGAGUGCACCACCACCGACCUGGAGCUGUCACCAUUCAGCACCAUCCACAGGGAGGCAUCCUCCUCCUACACCACCGUGGGGACCCACUGCUGAGAGGUCAAAGGUCAUGACCUCCAUCAGAAGGUACAACUGCCCAGUGAAGAGUUCAAGAGGUCGGACUUUAAACCAAUUGGGCCGGUUUCCCCGCUCCCAGGUUAAGGUCACUCCUGGAAUAAAAGGCAUGCUCAAUGGAGAAUCUCCAGUGAGAGUGCAUGUAAAUCAGGGAAUAGGCUUAAUCUGAGUCUGGGAGACCGGCCCUUAAGAGUUGCGAUCAGUUCAUAUUUUAUUCCUGUCAAUUUAGGAAUUGAUAUUGCGGAUAAAGGGCACAUCCCAUUAUAAAUCCAUGUCCACUUCAUUUCCUGAAUUUACUUUGAAUUAAAUUGAUGUAAACUCUGGUGAACAUAUGUGUCUCGGUCUACUUAAGGGCAGAGUUGUGGUUACAUGCUAUACUGUCUGUCCACUCUUUGUUUACAGCAAUACAUGCUAUACUGUCUGUCCACUCUUUGUUUACAGCAAUACAUGCUAUACUGUCUGUCCACUCUUUGUUUACAGCAAUACAUGCUAUACUGUCUGUCCACUCUUUGUUUACAGCAAUACAUGCUAUACUGUCUGUCCACUCUUUGUUUACAGCAAUACAUACUAUACUGUCUGUCCACUCUUUGUUUACAGCAGUGGUCACCAACCGUGGUCGAUCUCCAAGGCAUUCCUAGUUGAUCACCAAACAUUUCUGUAAAAAACCCAACAUAAAAGCCUUACGUUCGUUUUUUGUUAUUCGUUUUGCGCUGUUGGCGGUAGGUGCACUUUAUUAUUUUUUAAAUAUUUUAUUAGGUUGUAGGUUCACUUGAUUCAGCAGCCCUAGCAACGGGAAGGCAAAGUCUAAUAAUUUCAAAACAUUUGCAGGGAAAUUCAAGCAGUGAUAAUGUAUUGGGCCUAUAGCCUGCUGCACAAACUUCAUUGCUACAGAACUGUUUAUAAUUGGUUAAUGUUGCAUAGGCUUACGUUUUGUUAGAAAGAAAAUCUGAGCGGUAGAUCUCAGCUUGCAUUUUGACUCAAAGUGAUCUUGACUCAGAAAAGGUUAGUGACCACUGGUUUACAGAAACCAUACGGAAAGGAAUACAUAUGUAUAGGUCAAUUCAAAAUUUGGAAUUUAUAGCAAUUUCAUUAUAAAAUCACCAGUAAGUCUUACUGUAAUUUUUUUUGGGGGGGGGGUCAUAAUGUUGUCUCUUUCUGCCUCCACAGAGUGUCUCUGCAUCAAAUGGAAAGUAAUAUAUUGAAAAUGGCUGAUCGUACUGUAUUGUGUUUAGCUUAUAAUGGUGAUUCUUGUGAAUCAGUUCAAAGUUAUGCCUAGCUCCCUUGCUAUGUAAGUAUAUUAUGCACUCUGUAUUUGAUAGCAGAAAACUGUACAAUACACUUCAGUCAGUCAGUAAAGUUACUGGAGUGCAGUUUUUUUGUUGCUCACUUUAAUAAAAAAAGAACACAGAA